CUCUCUCUGUCUCUCCCUGCCGCCCUCCAUCUCUUGCUCUCUCUUUCCGUCCUUCUUUCUCUCCUCAACUUUCCCUCCUUUCACUCCCACUCUCUCUCUCCCUCCAUCUCUUGCUCUCUCUUUCCCUCCUUCUUGCCCUCCUUAACUUUCCCUCUUUUCACUCCCACUCUCUCUCUCUCUCUCUUCUCACAUCUGGAGGGGACUAGUGGGGACUGCAGCAGUGCACUAGUGCACCUCUUGCAAUGGAGCUUCUGGACUACAGGCACUUCCUCAGCCUAACUCACUCUCGCUCUCGCUUGCAGCAGCACACCGCUUGACUGCCAGGGGAGAAGGUAUGGUGGCUAAAUAUGUCUUUCUCAUCCGACUUCUACAACUUCUGACGCUGGCAGGAGUCUCUGCAGUGAAGAACGAGCCCAGGACGUACAAAGGGGUGUGAGUGUAAGUGUGUGUGUGUGUGUGUGUGUGUGUGUGUGUGUGUGUGUGUGUGUGUGUGUGUGUGUGUGUGUGUGUGUGUGUGUGUGUGUGUGUGUGUGUGUGUGUGCGUGUGUGUGUGUGUGCGUGUGCGUGUGCGUGUGUGAGUACGUGCGUGUGUGAGUGUGAGUGUGCGUGUGAGUGUGUUUGUGUGUGAGAGAGUGUGUGUGUUCCUGUGAGUGCAUGCGUGCAUGUGUGUGUGUGUGCAUGUGUGUGUGUAUGAGUGUGAAUGUGUGUGGAGGGGGACUCUACAACUGAGUGCUGAAAAGGGACAGCACUUGGUGAACAGCUUUUUUGACUGACGACCACCACCACAACCUGCGCCCCUCCCUUCUCCAGGAGCGAGAGGGAGCGCUGGCGAGGGGGCCAUGGCCCGAAACAGAGGCCCUCUGGGGGGGCUGCUCUGCACGCUGACCCUGGCCUGGGCCCUGGUGCUCGCUCAGCUCCAGCCCGCACUGCAGAGCGCACUCCUGGAACAACAACAGGAGGGGGAGUACGAGGUCACAGAGGAGGACUCGGAGUACGAGUAUGGAGUCGAGGAAGAGGAGGAGGAGGAGGAGGAGGUCACAGUGGUUUUGAAAAAGACAGUAGGAGGGAGUAAGAAGGAGGUGGAGGCGGUUUGUCCUACGGACUGCACCUGCUCGGCAGAGGGGGCGGUGGACUGUGCUGGGGUCAACCUGGCUGAUUUUCCUGACAGGCUCUCGGAAAACACUCGCCAGCUCUCGCUGCAGAACAACCAGAUCAGCGAGGUGUCCGCGGAGACCCUGGCCCGCCUACAUCAGCUGCAGACCCUUAAUCUGCAAAACAACCGUCUCACCACCCAAGGUCUUGAAGACGAGGGGUUUGAAGUGCUGGAGCAUCUGAAUUACUUGUAUUUGGCAAACAAUAAGCUCACUGCAGCCCCUAAGCACCUGCCCCCAUCACUGGUCAGCGCAGACUUUGCCGCUAAUCAACUCACCAAGAUCUACCCUUACACGUUUGGCCAGAAGCCUGGACUGAAAUCGGUGUACUUACACAACAAUAAGCUGACAGAUGCGGGUCUUCCAGAAGACAUGUUUAACGGCUCCAGUAGCCUCGAGAUCCUCAUCAUGUCCAGCAACUUCCUGCGUUCUGUACCCAGGAGCUUACCCCCCGCCCUGUACCGCCUCCACCUGAAGAAUAACAAGUUGGUGAAGAUUCCUCCGGGUGCGUUGGUGAACCUCCACAGCCUCUGGGAGCUGUGUCUACAGAACAACCUCCUCAGUAGCGAUGGCAUUGACAACGAGACCUUCAGUCAGCUGAAGGGGCUGGAGUAUCUGGACAUGUCCAACAACAACCUGACGGAGGUUCCUGAGGGCCUGCCGCGCAACCUGGUGGUUCUGCACCUGGAGAAGAACGCCAUCCGCAGCAUCUCGGCCUCGGCGCUGACGCCCGUGCGCAACCUGGAGUACCUACUGCUGCACAACAACCAGCUGCGAUCGCGCCACAUCGACCCUGCAGCCUUCCGCGGCCUGAAGAAGCUCCACACGCUGCACAUGUACCACAACCUACUGGAGCGGGUGCCGCGGGGGCUGCCGCGCCGCGCCAAGACCCUCAUGCUGCUGCACAACCGCAUCGCCGACAUCGGCCGCAACGACCUGAUCCUGCUCUACACGCUCAUCGAGCUCAACCUCAGCUACAACCAGCUGACCAACCCCCGGCUGCACCGCGAGGCCUUCCGCAAGCUGCGGCUGCUGGAGCGCCUGGACCUGUCGGGGAACGAGCUCCAGGAGCUGCCGCUGGGCCUGCCGCGGAGCCUCCAGGUGCUCAAGGUCAAGGACAACAGGCUGAACGUCAUCCCCGACGGGGCGCUGACGGGCAUGGGCAACCUGAAGGAGGUCUACCUGGCCAACAACCAGCUGAAGAUCAACUCCAUCUACCAGGGAGCCUGGAUGGACGUUACCCAGCUGACGACCUUGGAUCUGUCUGGCAACUUGCUGUCUCAUGUCCCCCCGGACCUGCCUGAGUCCCUGGAGUACCUGCAUCUCACUAGCAACCGCAUCAGCAGCCUGUCGGAUACGGCCUUCGAGGCCACACCCAACAUGAAGGGCGUCUUCCUGAGGGACAACCCAUUGUCAGCAAGCAUGAAGCAGGGUUCCUUCCCUAACCUGUCCAAGCUAGUGCUGGACAUCGUCUUCGUGAACACAGCAAAAGGCUCCAGAACGAGGGGAGAGGAGGAGGAAGAAGAUGAAGAGGACGGGGAGGAGGAGGAGGAGGAGCUGUGGCGAUAGGGAUGAAGUUGGAAGCCACAGCAUUGAAGAUGAGCCGUCAUUGACUCUAGCAGACUCUAUGCCCCCACAAGAGGGAAAAGAGGGAUCGGUGAAAGUUCAUACACGUUGCGACUGUGCUAAUUGGUUGGGGUAUUAAGAGGUGUUUUGCAGAUGUAUUGAAGGAACCCUCCUUUUUGUUUUGUCUGGUGCAGGAUACCAGACUAGGGCUCCCCCCCCUCUCUUACUAUCUCUGUGCUCAAAGAUGACUGCAGAUAUGUUUAUUUUGCUUGCGGUGGCACUUAAAGAGUUAUUUAAGGGACAGACCACAUUCAAAAAAGAGCUAUGAGAAAGAACAGGCUAGUGAUGUUGGACAAAACAGCACAAAAAUGAACAAAAUAUAAAAUCGGAAAAUGUUGAACAGUGAAAAUUCUUGGUGUUAAACUCUGACAAGAUUUACAGUCUUAACAGUAUUACAGUACCUGUAAGGUAACUGGGUUUAGCCAAAGAGACAGACAGAACUUGUUUGAAAUGUUGACACCCCAGGCUCAGGAAACAAACAUCCUUCUACAUACAGUACAUUAUUCAGCUUUAUGUGUCAACAUACAGUAUGUCAGCUUUAGCUUGGGCAGACGGCUAUUGCAUGCUAUUGCCACAUUUACUAGUCUGUCUUUCUUCACAAGCUAUCUGUCCUCUAUUUAUGUGGCAUUUACAGUAUGGGGAUUUUCAGAGAUAAAUGAAAUGAUAUCUAUUUUUGUAUGGUAGGUUGAAUUAUUCACACACAACUUCCGACUCUUUUUUUAAACGGACCAAUAACCACAUGUCUACACUUUUGCAUUCAAAAUAAAAGUCUUUGCAGACAGA